AUGAACCAUGAUGUGAUUGGGUAUGCAUGUGUAGGUCCAUCUGGUUCUGGUCAUUUUGUUAAAAUGGUUCAUAUUGGUAUUGAAUAUGGUGAUAUGCAGUUGAUUUGUGAAAUUUAUCAAAUUAUGAAAGAUAUAUUGGGUAUGUCAGAAACAGAAAUCGCUGAUACAUUUACAACAUGGAACAAAGGCACAUUAGAAUCAUAUUUAAUUGAAAUAACUGCCAAUAUAUUAAGAUUUAAAGAAAAAGAUCUAUUUAUACUUGACACAAUACGAGAUGCGGCUGGACAGAAAGGAACAGGUAAAUGGACCGGUAUCGCUUCACUGGAAUAUGGCAUACCAGUAACACUAAUUGCCCAAGCAAGAGCAAAAAUACCUCGCUUACAGCUAGAUUAA